AUGGCUGCCGCUAUGGAUCCGGGCGAGGAGCACGCCCACUUCGUUGAGUGGGCGCAGUCCAACGGCGUAGACAUCAACGGCAUUGCCCCUGCCAAAUUCAAGGACAGCGGUAUGGGAAUCGUCGCCGCAACGGAUAUCAAGUUCCCAACCAAAACUUCGAUACACGCACGUCUGGCUGCGUAUCUGGCUCUUAGGUUUCCAGACGACGACUGCCAGCAUCGGCCAUGGCAGGAUAUCUGGCCCAGUCGAGACGAGUUCAAGGAGAUCCUUCCCCUCCACUGGUCGAAGCAGCUGCAGGAUCUGCUGCCACAUGCUGCUGCAGUGCUUCUCACAGCCCAGCGGUCUAACCUCGACCGAGAUUACCUCAGCAUCCACGCCAUUCAUCCCUCCAUCUCGAGAGACCUCUUCACCUAUGUAUGGCUAAUCGUCAACACUCGUACCUUCUACUGGGAAUACCCCGAUCUUCCCAAUGCACAUCCGCGCCUUCCAAAGAAGCGUCCACAAUUGACAGCAGACGACUGCUACGCCAUGUGCCCCUUUAUGGAUUACUUCAAUCAUUCCGAUAAAGGUUGCGACCCCAAAGCUGACGCAAAGGGCUAUUCGGUCACCGCCGAUCGGGCCUACAGAGCCGGCGAAGAAGUCUACGUUUCGUAUGGCUCACACACAAACGAUUUCUUGCUUGUCGAGUACGGCUUCAUACUCGACACCAAUGGAUGCGAUUCUCUACCCCUGGACCACCUUAUCCUCUCCCAACUUUCCUCCGAACAGGUUCAGGUUCUGAAAGAAGAUGGCUUCUACGGGUCUUAUACGCUAUCGCCGACGACCCCGACGAUAUGUCACCGCACUCAGGCUGUUGUCCGUCUGUUGACUUUACCCUCUCGGCGAUAUACGGCUUUCGUCAGCGGCACAGAUGAAGGGACGGGUGACCAGGGCAGAGUCAAUGAGUAUGUCAUCCGGCUAUUGGUCAAAUACGAAAGGCAGAUUAUGGAGAUCAUGGAGGAGGUGGAGGGACUGAAGACCGGCGGAGACGCAACAACGGCCCAAAGAAGUACCCUGCUUAGACGCUGGAAGCAAGUCCGAGCAAUCGUCAAGACGGGAAUAGAUGUCCUGACCAAUUGA